AAUAAUAAAAAUAUUAAUACGAAAAAGUGAAAAGAGAAAAGAAAUUGUCAACGUCAUUCGUCCAAUAUCGCUUUCGAUUUUAUAUUCUCUUUGGACAAAAAGUGAACGAAUUUUUGCUAAUUCGUUACAAUUGUCAUACGAUUCAAUUGUACGAAAUAAUUUUUUCGUUUUUUAAUUUCGUUUUGUACAUUGGCCGCUCGCAUCUGCGUGUGUGUGAUCAUAUUCUUUGGAAGGCUUCAUUCAGUGCAAUCACUGUUCUUGAAGCUCACUCCGGAGAACAGAUCUCACAUCGUGUGCUGUUGCCGUACAAUCCUUGAAUGGGACACCAACUAUGAACCAACUGAAAUUCACACUAGCGGAGAUUGGUAUUUUGGUCAAACAACUGAACAAGAAAAAUUUUGCUGAAACCAGCGAGAACAUAAAUCAGUAUAUAAGAGAGAUCGGUUUGGAAGCGGACCGCCAUUGUUUGCGCUGCCUAUUCUCGGUGAUCAAUUUUACUGACACGAUAUCAACAAGUCCGAAUUCGAAUUAUAACUUUAUUGUAGAAGCACAAUCUAGAUUACUAGGCGCUCAAUUGGAAAAUCAACUGACUAGAGCGUCCUUCAUAUCGAAUAUUUGUUUUGCUGUCGACCAUUGCUUUUCUCAACAAAAGACUCUUAAACCGACACUACAACUUAUAGCGCAAAUAACUAAGUUAACAGGAAUUAGUAAACUUUGUGAAGUUGUAUUGUCAAUAGCAUUAACUCAUUCGUCACAAGCAGAUUUACGUCAAUACUCUUUGGAACAUCUCAAAGUGUCAUUCAGUGAGCUGAUUGAAUCAUUCAUAGAAAAUAAAGAAAACAGCACUGCUGAGAAGUGUAAUUUACAAGACGUAUCUGUAGAAAUAUUACAACUGCUUCUUGUUUGUAUAAACGAAGUUGUAAGCAAAGAACUUAAAAGUAAAUUUUUGGAUUUACUACGCAAACAAUUUCCCCUUGAACGAGUUCCCCUCAUACUAUCGCCACAUUUAUAUCGUAAAAGACUUAAUUGUAGUGAUUCUCCAGCGUUAUUGCCAUCAGAAGACACUGAAUUGAUUUACAACAAACAAUACGCUGAUGGCGGUACCGUUAGUCAACAUUUGACGGAAAUUAGUAUUGAAGAUAUUUAUGACAACUUAUGCGAGAAAAUAUUUACUACACAGUUGAAUAAUAAUAUUAUGGACACAUCCUGGAUUAAUUUAAUCCUAGAGAUUGGUUACGAAUUCACCUCAAGCGUUGAAGAAUGUAAGAAUCAUCUACGUUGUGGUUCGCGCGAACUUCAAUCACAGGAUGUGGCCAAGAUCAUUGGUCUCAUGUGCCGCAGGCACUCUUCAUUACUCGAUUGCAAUGUGAACUUAGGAACUCCGGCCAAUUUUUGGCCAGGUCAGCCGGGAACUGGCCCGAACGCACAACAACAAAAUGUGGCCAAUAACAAUGACGGCAGUAACGUUACGGGCAGUGGCGUUGAUAAAACAACCAACUUAAAUGACAAAAAAGACAAAGUCGGUGGCAACCCAGUGGGUAMCAUCAGCACAGAAACCACGCAAGCAUGGAAACCGGACGUGUUUGUGCAGGCACUGAAGGAGGUACUACCACAGCUGAAUUGGAAAGAGGUUUGCUUAGAACUUGAUCAUCCGGAGUUCAUUCUGAAGGAUAGAAUCGGACUUGAUUUGUUGCUGACCAUUUUCCGUUUGGGUACACAAUCUGCACUAUUCCCACAUCCAGAAUGUAUAUAUCGUCAUUGGCAAAACGUAAACGGACAGUUGUCGCUGAUAGCGGUUAUGUUAAAAAAUCCCGAUCUGUUUACAUUCUCCGAUUACAUCUUCACCGCCGCACCAGUAGAGAUGCUAAAAACGCCGCCAGACACCGAUAACAAAGAAGUGUGCGCUUGGAAAUCUCUACAUUUAGUGGAAGUUUUGCUGUAUAUUGCCGAUCAAGGAUUCUAUCAUCAAGUUAUUGAAUUGUUUAAAUUCCCAGCACAACAUUGCCCCGAUAUAUUGUUUUUGUCACUUUUACACAUAAAUCCACCAAUUACUGCAUUGCGUCAAGAACUUUUUAGUCAACUCAUACCGACUUUUCUAGCAAAUCAUCCAAAUUCAGGCGUAAUACUUAUGGCUGCUUGGAAUUCACAAAACUUUAAUUUAAUUUUACGUCCCAUUAUUAUGCAGUCCAUGUCGGAUUGGUAUCAGCGCGGCACCGAAUAUGAUCAGGUUAAACUUUCGCGCAUACUUGAUGUAGCACAGGAUUUAAAAGCAUUAUCGACUCUGCUUAAUGAACGUUCAUUUCUAUUUGUGAUCGAUUUGGCAUGCCUAGCAUCGCGACGCGAAUACCUUAAACUGGAAAAAUGGCUAAGUGAUAAGAUACGUGAACAUGGUGAGCCCUUCAUUCAAGCUAUUUUGAAAUGCCUACAACGUCGUUGCCCACAAAUAACAAACGCUAAAAUACCGGAAAGCCAAUUGCCAUCCAAACAGGCACAGCUACCACCUGAAACAGUGACAACAAUGUUGCAAUGCCUACAAGGUUGUAUUGGCAACGUACCACCAGAAAUAGUUGAUCUGAUUAUGCAAAUGACAGCGAACUGUACGAUCAUGGCGAAUAAGGCAAGAGCCGCCGUGCCACCAUUAGUGCCACAAUUACAAGGUGUUAUGCGUGGCCAUCGUGGUAUGGAUAUGGCCGGCGUGCCGGGCGUACCGCCACCACCUUUCUCCGCCAAUUUGAAUGCACAACAAAUGUUUGGACCCACAAUGGAUACGCUAUCGAAUUUAACYACAAAUAUAGCCAGCUUAAAUCUCGGUGGACCUAAUGGCGCCUUCAAUUUUGGAAAUGUCUUAGGUAAUUUGGCGUCUACACCAGCUUCUCCGUCGCGUCUUAUGAAUCCAGCUGCCAGUCCAUAUCCGCUGAAUGCUAUGCAAAUUCCACCACCGAAUAUUGGAAAUUUAGGUAGAAUGCCGCAAGCAGCGCAACAGCCGACACCAACGCCACCUAACCCCAUAAAUCCAGGUAUGGCUGAUCUGCAAGGACCCGUCUCCAAGGAAGUUGAAGAUGAGGCUAAUUCAUAUUUUCAACGUAUCUAUAAUCAUCCACCACAUCCCACAUUGUCUAUUGAUGAAGUACUUGAUAUAUUGCAAAGAUUCAAGGAUUCGAAUAUACGUCGUGAACAAGAAGUUUAUCAAUGCAUGUUACGUAAUCUAUUCGAAGAAUAUCGCUUUUUCCCACACUAUCCAGAGAAGGAGUUACAAAUCACAGCACAAUUAUUUGGCGGCAUAAUAGAGCGUAAUUUAGUGCCCUCAUGUGUGGCAUUAGGUUUGGCCUUGCGCUGUGUUUUGGAUGCAUUGCGCAAACAGGACUCGAAAAUGUAUAAUUUCGGCAUAACGGCAUUGGAUCGUUUCAAAAAUCGACUACAUUCAUACAAUAAAUACUGUGAAUACAUUCGUUCCAUUGCACAUUUUAAUGACUUUCCACCGCAUUUGAUUCAAUAUGUCGAAUGUGGCUAUUUGCAACAGGAACCACCACCUGCCAAGAUACAAAUGCUUAUGGCUGGUAGUGGACAGCAGCCACAGCCCGAUUCAAUUUAUCGCAGCAAUUCCGUGACAGGAAAUAUAGUAACAACACCAACACAACAAAAGCCUAUGGUUGUUGCUCAGUCCAUACAUGCAUCACGUAUGAAAUCAAUUGCUACCGCUACAAAUAUCGAUACAUUAUUGGUUGCCAAUCAGGAGGAGAAGAUCACUAUACCGCCCGAACCAGUACAGGAUAAAACCGCAUUCAUAUUUAACAAUUUAAGUCAACUGAAUAUACCGCAGAAAUGCGAAGAGAUUAAGGAAAUCAUGACGAAGGAAUAUUGGCAGUGGUUAGCACAGUAUCUGGUGCUGAAGCGCGCUUCAUUGGAAUUCAACUUUCAUUCGUUAUAUUUCAAUUUCUUGGAGGCACUGAAGAAUCCCGAAAUCAAUAAAUAUGUAACCAAGGAGACACUCCGRAAUAUAAAAGUUUUACUACGUUCUGAUAAGGGUGUGGUGAAUUUCUCCGACCGCAGUUUGUUAAAGAAUCUGGGCCAUUGGUUGGGCAUGAUGACGCUGGGACGCAAUAAGCCUAUUUUACAAAUUGAAUUGGACUUGAAAACCCUAUUGGCCGAGGCAUAUCAUAAAGGACAACAAGAAUUGCUGUUUGUUGUGCCAUUUGUAGCUAAAAUAUUGGAAUCUUCAGGUAAAUCGAAGGUCUUCAAAACACCCAAUCCAUGGACAAUGGCUAUUAUGAAUGUGCUUGGAGAAUUGCAUCAGGAGCCUGAAUUGAAGCUUAAUUUGAAAUUUGAAAUUGAAGUGCUUUGCAAGACAUUAAAUCUGGAUUUGCAGAAAUUAAAGCCGAUCGUMUAUUUGAAGGACCCCUCACGUUCGAUGAAUAUUGAACAUCAAAUGGCCCAGCCUAAACCCAAAAAUAUUGAGGCACCGCCUCAACAGCAACAGCAGCAACAACAACAACAACAACAACCGUCACAAGGUCAAACUCCAGGUCCCGGUCAAAUGGGUCCCAACGAUUCAGACGCACAAGCCUUACUCAUGGGUGGCGGUGGUAGUGCUGGCGUUGGYGGCGCAAACAUACCAGGCGGUGUAGUGCCUUCACCCAGCAUUAGCAAUGAAUCAGCCGGRCAGGUUAUAAUGCAAGCGCCUGAACCGCGUUUCUCUUUCGUCGAUAUAAAUAUAGCCAAUUUCCAUCUGAUCGCUCAACAUGUGGUACUAUCGCCGAACAUAACAUUUUUGCAUGCCAAUCCCGGUCUCAAGCAUAUUGUACUCAAUGCAAUUGAACGCACAAUUACCGAAUGGUUGCAACCGGUCGUAGAUCGCAGUGUACGUAUUGCAGUGACCACAACAGAGCAAAUUGUGCGCAAAGAUUUCGGACUCGAUCCAGAUGAGAAUCGCAUGCGCACAGCUGCACAUCAAAUGGUGCGUUAUUUAUCAGCUGGCAUGGCGAUGAUUACCUGUAAAGACUCCUUGUCGCAAACAUUGACAAAUAACAUACGCAAAGCGUUCUUAUCUGCGCUGACAGGUGGACCAAGUUAUCAGGAUAUCGAAGCGGCGGCAAUACAGCUUAGCAAUGACAACGUCGAGCUGGCUUGCGCUUUUAUACAAAAGACAGCGGCUGAGAAAUCAACGCCCGAAGUAGAUCGACGCAUGUCCACCGACUUCGAUACACGUAAAAUGACUAGGGAUGAGGGCGGUCGCUUUUACGACACACAAACAUUGGCCUAUCAAACUGAGCGCAUGCCGGAGCAAGUACGCUUAAAAGUCGGCGGUAUACCACAUACACAAUUCGCUGUGUACGCCGAGUUCGCACGCAAUAUACCCGGUUUCCAACAGAUGACCGAACGCGAUAUCGCACUAUUCUUGCCCAAACCACAAGAGUUGCCCCCGGCUACCUUCGGUAAUGAYGAAAUGGGCCUCCUAUAUGCCGAAUUAGCUGCCAAAAUGGAUGCAUUCCUCAACAGCACCAUGAAUAUAUCCACACUGCAGUUGCAGGCCAGCAAAAUACAUGCGYUGCUCAAUGCGCUAAUGGUGACUAGGCGUAUACGUGAUAAUGAAUCGGCUCUAAAUCUAUUGACACGCGUCGUUGAGGGUCUCAUUGAAGGAUUGGUGAACAUACCCGAACACAUCGAGCAAAUGAAAUUGUACCGUGAUAUACAUUUACGUAUACUGAAUAUGUUGCAGAAUACAUUUGGUGCUGGUGUAACAGAACGAGCAAUCACCAAGUGCAUUUUCGAUGUACGCGAAGAAGUGCGCUACAAUGUUGAAGCUAUCAAAUGGCUUAUAACGUCACAUUUCAUAAAUGUGCCGCAAUUCGAUUUGUUGUUGCGCGAAGCUAUGGACAAUGGCAAUAAUUACAUGGCUGUCACAUUUGCCAUGACAUUAAUGGAACGGCUGCUUGAUGGACGCACCAGCGCCACUUUGGAAACAGAAAUGACCGGCACAUUCGAGAUGUUGGGUCGCUUGCCACAGAAUCGUCAUCGCUAUCCUGACGCCACGACUCAUCAGAUAGAUAUGAUGGAUGCGGGACCUUUCGGUGGAGCUGAUCACUAUCUGGCCGGUGCCAGACAAUACAUGACCUCGGGCAUGCAGCAUGUACGGUCCAACGAUUGCGAUGAUCCACCUGGUUUGCAAGAGAAGACCGAAUUCCUGCUCAAAGACUGGGUCUCCAUCUACAACCAAUCGAACAAUCUGUCGCGUGAAGCCAAGAUCUUCACAUCAUUCGUACAGAAGAUGAAUAUGUAUGGCAUUCUGAAGACCGAUGACUUGAUAACGCGCUUUUUCCGUCAGGCCACACAAAUCUGUAUUGAUUUAGUGUAUCGCAUACUGAACGACCCAAGCAAUUCACCAUUGCAAGCGCGCACCAAAAUCUUCCAUUGGAUAGACGCAUUUGUGCAUUUAAUUGCUCUGCUGGUACGCCACUCCGGCGAAGCGGGCAAUACCACAACAAAAAUGAAUCUGCUAAAUAAGGUGCUCGGCAUUGUUCUCGGCAUAUUGCGGCAGGAUCAAGAAUUGCAUGGCACCGCAUUCCAACAGCUUGGCUAUCAUCGCUUCUUUGUGAUGCUAUUCCUAGAGCUGAGCUCACCCGACGCAGUGCUAGAGAGUCUGAUGCACAGCAUUAUAACUGCCUUCUCGCACACGUAUCAUCUUCUGAAUCCAGAACAUGCACCCGGYUUCGGCUACGCCUGGUUGGAGUUGAUAUCACAUCGCAUUUUUAUCGGACGUAUACUAGCACAGAUACCGCAACAGAAGGGCUGGCCACUGUACUCACAGCUGCUGCUCGAUUUGUUCCGCUAUCUGGCGCCAUUCUUGCGGAAUGCCGAGCUAGCGAAGCCCGUACAAACAUUGUACAAGGGAACGCUGCGCGUUCUGCUCGUGUUAUUACACGAUUUCCCUGAAUUUUUAUGUGACUACCAUUUUGGCUUUUGUGAUGCAAUACCGCCGAAUUGCAUACAAAUGCGCAACAUAAUAUUGGCUGCUUUUCCACGCAACAUGCGUUUACCCGAUCCAUUUACGCCUAAUUUGAAAGUGGAUAUGUUGGCGGAGACUGCAACAGCACCGAAAAUUUGCUCAAAUUACGUAUUCAAUAUACAGCCAGCAAAUUUCAAGAAAGAUCUCGACUCCUACCUGAAGGCACGCGCUCCGGUAACUUUCCUCUCGGAGCUGCGUUCACACUUGCAGAUCUCAAAUGAGCCCGGCUCACGUUACAACAUUCCGCUCAUGAAUGCGCUCGUACUGUAUGUGGGUACGCAAGCUAUUUCGCACAUAAGAAGUAAAAAUUUCGUGCCCAAUACAUCGAACAUCGCACACAGCGCACACAUGGAUAUAUUCCAGAAUUUGGCUGUCGACUUGGAUACCGAAGGACGCUAUCUCUUCCUGAACGCCAUUGCCAAUCAAUUGCGUUAUCCGAAUAGCCACACGCACUACUUCAGCUGCGCAGUGCUACAUUUGUUCGCCGAGGCUAACUCUGAGGCCAUACAAGAGCAGAUCACACGUGUACUACUUGAACGUCUCAUUGUGAAUCGGCCACAUCCAUGGGGUUUGUUGAUUACCUUCAUCGAGCUGAUCAAGAAUCCCAUCUACAAGUUCUGGGAUCAUGACUUUGUGCACUGUGCACCAGAGAUUUCAAGAUUAUUCGAGUCGGUGGCACGUUCGUGUAUGGUCAAGUCCAAUCAUCAGCCACAAAUCAACAAUAUGGAUGGUGACAUUCAGGAAAUCAAUUAAUGUUGCACUACAACAACAAAAACAAGAAACAAAACGAGUAGAACAAUGUAGUUCUCACCCUAGUGAUGGUAGUAUGCACGCAGUGGAAAUAAACGGUGUAGUUGUAAGAAUGAUUUGUGUAUUUAGUUGUGGGGCUGUUGGUAGCGAUGGCGGCGUUG